AGGUUUGGCAUAUUGGACGCUCAAUGCGGAUCUGUUCGUUCUGAUAACGCUUGGCUAAAACCUGACAAGGCCUGGAGACUUUUUGCAGUCUGCGGACGCUGUCCCGGUCCCCACUCCGCAGUGCACCUCGCUCCCCGGCGGCGUCUCCGUCAUGCUGCCGGGCUGGCUGUGCCGUGUGUGCCGCAACAGAGCCCGGUGGCACCACCUUCCUGCGCGGGGCUUGAGCUGGUCUCCGCGGCAGAUCAGUAGAUGGAACAAGCAGGAGUCCAGCGAGUCCAGCCAGCCGGAGACCCCGCGCGUACUUAUCACAGGAGGCCUUGGACAGCUGGGUGUCGGCCUAGCUCAGCUCCUAAGGAAGCAGUAUGGCACAGAUAAUGUGAUCCUGUCAGACAUAAAGAAACCUCCCACAGAAGUCUUUAACAGUGGUCCAUUUGUGUAUGUGGACGUGUUGGACUAUAAGAACCUGCGGGAGAUGCUGGUGAAUAACCGGAUCACCUGGCUGGUGCAUUAUAGCGCCCUGCUGAGUGCCGUCGGGGAGGCUAACGUAGCGCUCGCCCGCAAGAUCAACAUCACAGGGCUGCAUAAUGUGUUGGACCUGGCUCUGGAGAACUCCCUGCGCCUGUUCGUCCCCAGCACCAUCGGAGCCUUCGGCCCCUCCUCCCCCCGUGACCCCGCCCCCGACCUCUGCGUGCAGCGCCCGCGCACCAUCUACGGCGUCUCCAAGGUGCACGCAGAGCUGAUGGGCGAGUACCUCCACCACAAGUACGGGCUGGACUUCCGCUGCCUGCGGUACCCGGGCAUCAUCUCCGCCGACACGCCCCCGGGUGGGGGCACUACCGACUACGCCGUGCAGAUCUUCCACGACGCGCUCAGCUCCGGGCGGUUCCAGAGCUACCUGCGGGCGGACACGCGCCUUCCCAUGAUGCACGUGGGGGACUGCCACCGCGCCACGCUGGAGUACCUGCAGGCGCCGGACUGCCAGCUGUCGCUGCGCACCUACAACAUCGCCGCCAUGAGCUUCACCCCCGAGGAGGUGGCCCAGGAGAUCCGCAAGCACCUCCCCCACCUGCAGGUCACCUACCGCCCCGACCCCGUCCGCCAGACCAUCGCGGACAGCUGGCCCAUGCGCUUCGAUGACAGUAACGCUCGGCGGGACUGGGGCUGGAGGCCGGCCUACCAGCUGCCCGAGCUGGUGACGGACAUGCUGGAGGCCAUCCGGCAGCAGAGGAGCAGGGAGGGGCUGUGCACCAGCUAGCACCAAAACACCCCCAAACUCUACCCCCCUACCCCAAAACACCCCCAAACUCUACCCCCGUACCCCAAAACACCCCCAAACUCUACCCCCCUACCCCAAAACACCCCCAAACUCUACCCCGUACCCCAAAACACCCCCAAACU